ACUAGAGCACUCUGGUGGGCCCAUCCCCAACCCCUCGAUCAGGCGAGGCGACUCGACUGGGCGCUAGAUCUAACAUCCGUCUCGCGAGAUCGGGGAGAGGGGAAGAAGAAGCGCCAAACCCUACUGCUGCUGCCAUCCUUGCCCGUCUCCCCAGAUCUGCGAUACGGUCCAGCCGAGAUGGCGAGCACUGGGCGGUCGAUGCUGCUGUCGCUACUUCUCUUCGCGGUGACGCUGUCGCUACUCGAGAUGUACAGGGGCAAGUUCGCCUCGUCGGAGCUCAUGACCAUCGCCGGCGGCUUCGUCUGCUCCCUCCUCUUCCUACUACUCCUCACCUUUAUUGGGAACUACCAAGAAGCUAGUGGAGUUAGAACCGGGUGGGGUGCAGUUGUUGUAGCAGAACUUGUUGCUCUUAUUGUAGCUGGCACUGUCCACCGCGUCUGUAUCACAACAUGCUUACUGUUUUCCGCUGGGCUCCUUUACGAGGUUGACAAGCUCUCCGGUAUGAUCCUUGCAAGGAGCGAGUCUCAAGUGAGGCGGCGUUAAGCACAAAAGAUAAUCCUGUACGAUGGCUCAUUUUGUAGAUCAAACCGAAAUGUUCACACCCUCCAUUGGACUUGAACCCAUUUAGCUAUUUUGCUAGGCAUAUAGGACUUGAGUUUUGGAUACUGGUGCGUUUGCACCGAGGUCACAUUCUGAUUCCGUCAGAUCCGUUGACUAGGUAAUGUACCUGGUGCCUUGUUUAGGCCCUGUUUGUUUCAGUUUUUGCUAGCUUCUGCUACUUAGAAGUAGAAAAUUGAACCAAACAAUAUGUUUUUGAAAAUGUAUCCUGAGAAGCAAAAGCUGUUAGAAGCUGUCAUUAUUACUAGAAGAUAAAAAAACUUAAGAAGUUUUUAUAGCUUAUGAGA